UACCUUACUAUCUUUUGAAAAAGAUAGUCCGUGAUUACAUAGAGUAUAUUAUUGUGAUUACAUAACUUAUAAUAAACACUAUAGUAUCAAAAGACGAAAAGAGUCAAAAAACCCUUUGCUACUUUUCUAAGUCGAAUAUUACAAUUUAUUAUAAUAUUAUUAUUCUCUUUUGACAAAUCGAAUAUUAUAUAUUAUUCCGUCCCGUUCGCAGACGAUCUCGUCCGUCGACGAAGCCACUGGUCGGUAGAGGGCCAACUUCUGUAAAAUUUCUGGCAAACACAAUUCGCGUCGACGACAUGAUGAGCUCAAGUGGUGCGGUCGAUAGCGACGUCGGGAGUUCGAUGCCAAUGGAAACGGACGACGAAAUUGAUCAAUUAGUGGCUCAAACUACCGAUGUUGAAAUGGCACCAACGGAAAUCGCGCCCAUCGUCAAUCCACCAGUUUCUGCAGUCGCGCCAAUUCUAAGCUCAUCGACGCCGUCAACCAACAAACUGUCUCCGACAGUGGUGGCUCUCAAUAAUAAACCGUCCACGACAUCUGUUACUCACAGCAAUCUACUGGUACCUCAAGUUGCACCUCUCAUCAGUUCAACUAUAUCGACAAUCGCUCCACUCAUCAAUCCGCCCAUGUCUCCGGUCAUACAUGUUAACCAAACGACAGUGUCUACAGUCACUUCUCUUAAUAGCACUCCUGUGUCAACAAUCUCCGUGCUCAAUAACCCUUCGGUAGUGACAACCAACCAGCAAAAUAUUGUAAUGCAACAUCUCCAAUUCCAACAAUUGCAACAACUGCAACAGCAACAGCAACAACUUCAACAGCAGCAACAACUCCAACAGAAGCAGCAACUAUCGACACAACAGCAACAAAUCCAACUCCAACAGCAACAGAUCCAACAAAUGCAACAGAAACAACUGUUAAUACAACAACAACAAAUAAAACAUCACCAACAGCAACAAAUAAAACAGCUACCGCAACCACAAUUACUACAGCAGCUGCAACAACAACCACAGCAACAUCAACAGCUGCAACAACAACAACAACUACCGUUACAACAGAAGCAACAACUACCGACACAGCAGCAGCAGCAGCAGCAGCAGCAACCACAACUAUCAACACAACAGCAGCAACAACAACUACCGACACAACAGCAGCAGCAACAGCAACAACAACAACAAGUAGUAGUACUGCAGCAGCAGCAGCAACAACAACAAGUGGUACAGCAGCAACAACAAUCGGUACAGCAGCCACAACAACAACUACCGUCACAGCAGCAGCAGCAACAAACAGUACAGCAGCCACAACAACAAAUGGCACAGCAACCGCAACCAUCAUCGCAGCAGCUACAAACACCACAACAACAGCAACCAUCACAACAAAUUACCAUUAAAAAUUUGUUGAAUACAGACGAUGCAGCAUUGUUAACAAAAGCACGUUUGCGUGAACUCGUCAAAGAAGUAGAUCCAAAUGAACAGCUAGAAGAGGACGUAGAAGAUCUUAUGUUACAGUUAUCUGACGAUUUUGUCAACGAAUUAGUCAAAGCAGCAUGCGUAUUCGCUAAACAUAGAAAAUCAAAUAUUGUUGAAGUUAAAGACGUCCAAAUUUACUUAGAACGGUACUUGAAUAUGUGGAUACCUGGUUUUGGCACUGAUGAAUUGAAACCGUACAAAAAAGCGCCAAUCACAGAAGCACAUAAACAACGAACAGCACUUAUCAAGAAAGUUGCCAGUAAAAAAUACUAAUUUAAAUGUUAUUUUGUUACAUGUCACCAGCAUUAAUGUUCAGAAUUUUUAGUUGUUAAGAACACCACUUAAAGGGCUGUUUAAUAUAAAAUUGGAUAAAUGUAAGACUUACUUUAUUAAUAAAACAAUAUUUUUUCAUCAUUAAAAA